GUUCCAGUAUGCAGCUAUCCCCACGCAGCGCGUCUAUGUGUCUGGAAAACUCAAAAACCAAUCCAUCUGUGAGGUUUCAGUAUGCAGCUAUCCUCACUCAACACGUCUAUGUGUCCGGCAAUCUCCAAUACAAAUCACCUGUGAGGUUUCAGUAUGUGUCUUUCCUCACUCAAAGCGUCUAUGUGUCCGGCACUAUCCAACAUCACUCAACUCGUGAGGUUUCAAGCCUGACGGAGCUGCUGGUGUCGGCAGCGCUCUUCCGCAACAUGGAUCUGGCGCUCUGCCUGAACGUGUUCGGGUGUCUGGCGUGCUUCCAAGGGUGGCAUCAGGCCAGAGAGGAGCGCCGCCGAGCACGACAUGGGGUCACGUACCCUAAGGUCAUUCUUGAGUGGGACUACAUAAUGCUCUGCGGCUACGUCAAGAUCUUCGAUCUACUGGUGGGGCUUUGGCUGUGGAUAGGUCUUGGUUGGUCUUGGAGCGAGGACCGCGACUACUCGGAGAGGCACAGCAUCCGCAUGCUGCUGGUCGCCAUCACCACCGUCCAGACGCUCACGGACGUGUGGUGA